AUGCCUUCGCAAUCAUUCCACCUCCUGGGACAAAGUUCAUCCUCUGCCAAGGAAGUUCAGAUCGAUGCUUCCCAGACAUUCCAGGGCUUGCAGUUGCUCAUUGCUGCUCAUUUUGCCAUCGUGGAGCCAAGCGGAAUCGAGUUUCAGGGACCCGAUGCAGUCCUGACCGACGUGCCUGAGAUCCUGGCAGCGGAAGGCCCGGUGCCGCUCAGCAUUGAUGGACACGCCGUUCGCGACCCUCCCUGUCCCAAAGAACUGCCCUUUGUUGGCACCUUCUUCGAAGUCUAUCCCGACCAUCUGGGGAACCAUCAGCGGCUUUUUGAAAAAUACGGACCAGUCAUCAGAACAAGCAACCUUGGUCGGGUCACCUACCAGACCAAUGAUCCGAGAAUCGCUGCGAUUGCGUUCUCGGAGUCCGAUUUCUUUACCAAACGAAUCAACGAAUCUCAUCCCCUCCAUGCCCUAAAGACGCCCGCCGCGGGCGUGUUUCUAGGGGAUACCGAUACGCCGGAAUGGAAAGCUGCUCAUAAGUUCUUGCCGCCUGCCCUGGGCCCCAAGGCAGUCCGACACUACGCUCCAACAAUGCAGAAGACCGUGGAGGACUCGUUUCAAGUGUUUGAUCAGUUGGAUGAACAGGAAGAGGCAUGGAAUGUCUACCAGUAUAUGCUCAAGAUGGGUUCGCAAGCUGUUGGUAAGCUUACCCUCGGCAUUGACUUCCAACAUUUCAACGCAGUCGAUGCACCGGUUCAUGAGAUGGUCCAUAAUAUCGCGGAGAUGCUUUCGCUCAACAAGAAGGUCACCUCGAAAGGGAGCUGGUAUGGUUCCUUGCCAUUUGGCGACCCCAAAAGGCUCAGAGAUCUGAAGGCCCGUAUCACGGAAAUGGUAGAGGAGUCGAUUCAAAGUGCAUCAAGCUCGGGUAUUGAAGAUCUUCCCCUUCAAGACGCUGCUUUGGCAGCAAGCAACAUGGUUGAUUAUGCUAUUCGCGCCACCGAUAAUAAGGGAGAGAAACUGCCAAAGUCCAGCGUAGUCUGGGCCUUGGUCGUGGCUACCGGCGCUGGCUUUACUACGACCAGCUCUCUUCUCUCCUGGCUCAUCUACGGUCUCUGCGUGUAUAAAAGCAUGCAAGAGCGACUCCUUCAAGAGUUGAUCGACCAUGGCUUUAACGAGAAUACCGAGAUGACCGCUGACUUCACGGAUAAACUGGAGUUUCUUGAUAAGUACAUCAAGGAGACCCAGCGUCGCCACAAUCCUUCCUUUCAACCGGGACGGACAGCCAAGGUUGACCUGGUCCUGCCGGGGGGUUAUCUACUCCCUAAGGACGCGGUGAUUGUUCCUGCCCUCCACCACAUCCAUAAUCACCCCGAUCUCUGGGACAAUCCAGCUCGGUUUGACCCUGAUCGCUGGGACACGGCGGAAGUGAAAUCCCGGCAUAAGGCGGCGUACAUUCCCUUCGCGAUGGGGCCAAGAAUGUGCAUUGGCUUCAAUUUCGCGCUUCAAGAGAUAAAGGUCUUUUUGCCCAAACUUAUCUAUCGUUACAAGUUUUCCCGCGAGGGUGAUGGCCCUAUCGAGUACGAUCCCAUGUUCCAACUGAUCAGGCCCAACAACCUUUACGUACGUGCAGAACGGCGGGUUAGGUGGCCUGCAAAGUCGGGAAAUGCUGUGGCUUAG